CUUCUCUUUUGAGUACGUCUAGAGGCAUUUUAUUAAGUGAUUCCGAAAGGAGGGAUCUAGCAAACGUGCAAAAGGCUCGCAAUAGUGCCAUGCUAAAAAAAAUUGUGCAAGAAAAGCAAGAUAUAAACCCUUCAGAUUCAAAAGGACUGCACAAGUUAGUGAAACGGAUCAAACCAGAGGGAAAGAUAGACGAGGAAGUUACUGAAAUGCUACUGGAUUACACCGACUAUCUCAUAGAAGAGUUGACUCGGUGCUCCUGCGCACUCGCAAGCCAUAGGCAGUCCAAAACUUUAGAACUCAAAGAUGUCCAGCUCUAUGUGGAGGGGACCCGCAACAUACGCACCGCUAAUAAGAAUAGCCACGUUUAA